AUGCUGUCGCGCGGCUAUGGCUUGCCAUUUCAAAACCACAGGGGCUCCGACUAUCGGCCCCUCUACGUGACGCGCUACCUCGGCUGGACCUAUGCGGUCCCCACCACGCUCUUCAUGAACCUUUAUCCAGUCAUGGACAAGCACCCAGCACUUGAUGUUCUUGUCCGAACCUUGCCUCAGCUGGCUGCCUCCGCAGCCUACUGCUGGGCAUGCGGCUUGGGCUGCAUUGUGCGUGACGCAGACGUGGGCUGGUCCCUCGUCGGGCUUGGUGUCGUGGCCUAUGUUGCUGUUAUUGCAGACGAAGUUGUCUACGUCUGCGAGCACAUCAGGACCACGUCGCAGCCAUGGAUUAAAGGAGCAAGCAUCAUCAUUAAAGAAAUCAUGUUUGUGGCUUACCUCGCCGUCUAUCUGCUGGGUAGCUGGGGCAUUGUCAGCUCUUAUGCGUGCCAGCUAUUCUACGGCAUCGCAGAUGUCAGUCACCUUGUGGUGUUGUCAGCGCUUCUCUUUGUAUAUUGGACCCUCGAUGAUCCCAAGCUGACGAGUGCAGACCACCGGGAUUGA